AUGAAUAAAUUAUUAGCACAUGUCGAGGCAAAUAGAAGUAAUCACGGCUACGUAAAGCACUCAUUUGAGCAGUAUAAGCGGUAUAACAACAAGAUGGUGCAGAAGUGUAUGAAAGAUGGCUCAGAUACAACACUCUACAAGUUAGAGAAGAACCUGUGCAAAUUUCAUUUAUUUGGAACAACUAGACAUUUAACCAAAUGCAUAAACAUCCUAAAGAAAGCAGAACAAACUGAUGAUGUCACAGCAUACAGAAUGUACAUUCAGACAUUCAUCAGAAACAAAAGAAACGAAUUCAAUCAGGAUGAGUUUAUUGAAACAUGGAAGAUGAUCAACAAUGGUUUUUACUACACUUUCAACAGUGACAUGGUUGCACUGAAUGAAAAUCGCGUCAAUUUGGACAAAUUAAAAACGCGUUUGUUAUGGAAUGACAUUGAGCUGCUCUUUGACAGUCAAACACAUCUGAAUUUGCUCAAACAGUUCAACAAGCGAGUUCUCAAAGACGACUACAGAUUCAAUGCACAGAUUGCCUUCAAAUGCUUCAAAUUUGACGAGUUCAGAGAGAAAUUGGAUACGUUUCCUACAGCUCAAUAUGGCACAAUUCUCACAUUCGUUAGGUCAUUCAGCAUUUUCACUAACGAAUUUGUCGCAUUUCUGGAUGACAAUUUUGUCUCUUCUGAAUUUGUUGUCGAAUACGACAGAAGCCUAACGAAUCUCUUGAAUCAGAUGACAGAAGCUCUGAUGAAACCAAAUUCCAAAAUGUGCCUAGAGUUGAAUGAAACCAAAUUCAGCAGCCACUUCAUCGAACUAAUCACUGAUCAAUCUCAGCACAUUAUCAGAAGCAAAUCUGAUAUGAUCAAAUUAAUAUUGGCUGAAUUUGACAGAAUCACAGAAGUGACAGUUCCAAAAAGAAACAUGCCCCUUCUUCCGAUAUUCUACGACUUGGCCUGCGAAUACAUUGAGUUUCCACCUGUGGAUGAGCUCGCUGAACAAGUUGAUGCUCUGAAACUGACCAGACAACAAUAA